AUGUCCAGCAUAGAAGUCAUAACGGCAAGGUUUGACUUGUUUAACAAGAUGUACAGUGGUGAUUUACGUGAGCAAAGCUUUGCUAACUGGCCCUUUCGAGAAGACUGUAAAUGCACACCUGAAAAGAUGGCCAGUGCUGGAUUUGUGCACUGUCCCUCUGAGAAUGAGCCUGAUGUUGUUUCCUGUUUCUUCUGUCUCAUUGAACUGGAAGGCUGGGAGCCCGAUGAUGAUCCCUGGCAUGAACACAUAAACCGCUCACCUACUUGUGAAUUCCUCCACCUGAAGAAAGAUGUCACUGAACUGACAGUGGCUGAGUUUUUCCACAUAGAGAGGGAGAGGUUGAAGAUCUUUGUUAAAAAGGUUUGUCAUAAGAAGAUGGCACAUCUGCGGGACACAAUCGAUGAGACCCUUAAACGCUUUCGAUCACAACUGGAUUCUGUAUGA